UCUUUCUUUCUUUCUUUCUUUCUUUCUUUCUCUCUUUAUAUCUCUCUUCCUUUAUCUCUUACUGACUUUCUUUCUCUCUCCAGGCUGUUCCCUAUGUGAGCUCCAUAUUUGGAGGAUCCAUGGCCCCAGGGAAGAUGAUUUUCAUCCAGGGAUUUGUACCAGCAGGAGCAGACAGAUUCCACAUCAACUUGCAGUGUGGUACCAGCAAGAAUCCACGAUCAGACAUCGCCCUGCACUUCAACCCACGCUUUGGGGCUAACGUGUGUGUGCGAAACACCCUGAAGAAUCAACAGUGGGGAGCAGAAGAGAGGGGCCAGUCUCACUUCCCUUUUGCUUUCAACCAGAACUUUGAGAUCAUCAUCCUCUGUGAAGCCAACCAGUUCAAGGUUGCUGUGAAUGGCCAGCAUUUCCUUGAGUACAACCACCGUGUCAAGAACCUAAAACGCAUCGAUACCAUUGCCAUUGAUGGUAAGGUGAAUAUUCACUCUGUACGGUUCCAGGGACAGGCUGCCGGGUACAUCCAUGGAUCAGGUAGCACUGUCAACCCGCCGAUGCCAUAUACCGGAGCAAUCGUUGGUGGAAUGACUCCAGGUAGACUCGUCUUUAUCAGUGGAAAAGUACGAGCCAAUCCAGACAGGUUCCAUGUGAACCUCCAGUGUGGUGCAGGCGUGAGUCCUCGGCCAGACAUUGCCUUUCACUUCAAUCCUCGAUUCCAAGCCCAGACGGUUGUACGCAACACACUGAGGAGUCAGUCUUGGGGCAGCGAGGAGAGGAAUGCCUCAUACUUCCCAUUUGCUCCAAAUGGAUUCUUUGAGCUUAUCAUCAUGUGUGAUGCAAAUGGUUACAAGGUUGCUGUCAAUGGCCAGCACUACUUGGAUUAUGCCCAUCGUAUCGCAUGUCAGAACGUCAACACCCUGGUCAUCGAUGGCGCCGUUGAUGUCCACCAGAUCAGGUUCCAGUAGUUCAACAAAAGUGAGAUGAUUCCCUUUGAGAGAGAUAGUCUCUGUGAAUAUUGGUCAAGGAAAUGUCUCUUAAUAUGCAAUGAAUGCAUAAUUUGACAUGAUUUUAGAGAGGGUUUUGUACUCUGUAGAUGUUUAUAUGAAGAAAUUUUAUGUAGUAUGUAGUUGAUCAUAGAAAAUAAAGCAGUACUAAACUGGGAUAAGACUCAUUUCAGCAAAACUUUGUAGUCAUUAAUCAUGUGUUUCAAAAAAAAUUCUUGCAUCUAACAUUGGUGCCUUUUAAUGUAAUGUCUUUUGUAUCAAGUACUAUCUCUCAUUGACCAUAAUUACUUAAAUUGUAUACUUAUCAUGUUGCUGAUUUUUAUUUCAUAGUUUUCUGUUUAAGAAUCUAUGCUUAGAAAGUGACUAUUUUAUAUUGUUGAACUUAUAUUAUCAAAAAAUAUACAGAUAUUCAGAAUCAGUUGAGAUAUUCAAAGCAUUAAGGGAUUGUAGUAGUAGUAGUUCAUAGUAGUGCUAUUUGUUCUCUGUGAUUCUCAUCAGUACUACGCAUCAUGAAUUAAUCUUGGGGUCUACUAGCACUGAUUAAAUAAAUCACCUCUGGGUACAUACAAUUGCCCAUCAUAGCAGCCAAUAAUUGGGUAAUACUUUGUACUCUUUAACCCUCUCCACAUAUAGUGCAUGGUUGUAUUUCAUUUCAUCAGCUUUUACUUUGAUGAGAUUUGAGAUAACAAUGACGUUGGUGAUAAAAUCAAAACAAAAUAUCAAAUAGUUUAGCCUAUUUUUUUCUAUCAAAUUAGCCUUUCCUGCUUUCCAAAAUCUUCAUUACAGGAUUGAUAAGCACAAAUGAUAUUUAAGUUGAUUUCUAUUCUGCCAAUUUAUGCCAAAUCAUUUUUUUUUUAUUGAUCUUGCCUAUGAUUAAUUUUAAAAGUAUGUGUAGUUUGAGUUUAUUCUUACUCUGAACUUAUAGAACAAUCAAUGAUGCAAAUUGCAGUUGUGAUUUGAUAUUGAAUGCAUUACUUAUGUUUCAUAUAGAUUUAUAAUCUCUAAUAAUCUUGCUUUAUAUAAUCAACUUUAUUUCUAUACAUGUAGUUAUAGAUGUUUUGUGCUAAUUUAAUAUGCAGUUGAUUCAAUUUUAUCUUUUCAAUAAAUUCACUUACCACUGAAA